AUGCAAAUGAUAGAUAUACUGAAAUCAAGUAUACGGACACUCGAGGGCCAUUCACGUUCGGUCCAUUCAGUGGCCUUCUCGCCCGAUGGGCGUACUCUGGCAUCAGGCUCAGAUGAUAAUACUAUCAAGCUCUGGGAUACAACGACGGGCACAGAGCGCCAGACCCUUAAGGGCCAUUCGAGUUUGGUCUAUUCAGUGGCCUUCUCGCCCGAUGGGCGUACUCUGGCAUCAGGCUCAGAUGAUAAUACUAUCAAGCUCUGGGAUACAACGACGGACACAGAGCGCCAGACCCUUAAGGGCCAUUCAAGUUUGGUCUAUUCAGUGGCCUUCUCUCCCGAUGGGCGUACUCUGGCAUCAGGCUCAGAUGAUAAUACUAUCAAGCUCUGGGAUACAACGACGGGCACAGAGUGCCAGACCCUUGAGGGCCAUUCGAGUUCGGUCGAGUCAGUGGUCUUCUCUCUCGAUGGGCGUACUUUGGCGUCAGGCUCACAUGAUAAUACUAUCAAGCUCUGGGAUACAACGACGGGCACAGAGCGCCAGACCCUCAAGGGCCGUUCGGAUUCGGUCGAGACAGUUCUGAACGAACCCAAUUCCAACCUUCAUAUAUCUGUAUCGAACGCUUGGAUCUCUUCAGUAGGUGAGAACUUGCUGUGGCUCCCUGCUGAGUAUCGUUUAUUUUUUUCUUAUGCGGUCAAAGACACUACAAUUGCAUUCGGGUAUAGGGACGGGCGGGUCUGUAUAAUAGGAUUCCACAUCGUAGAUUAA